UGAGAUUUGCAGAGACUUCAUCCGGACAGUCUAUGGCAAAGAUCUUAGCGCCGUUUUAUUCCCUAUCACUUCUUCGGCGGUCUGAACUAAGCUCCUCCGAUUCCUGUCGGAUCCGAUUCCCUCCCUCUUCCUCGGCUUCGGUAGGUUUUGGUGAACCUCCAAAGCCAUGGGCGAUGUAAUUGAUUUGACCGGUGAUGGUGGCGUCUUGAAGAAAAUCAUACGGAGCGCCAAACCUGAUGCAGUCUCACCCUCGGAUGAUCUUCCUCUCGUCGAUGUUCACUACGAGGGUAUAUUGGCUGAGGACGAAAAGGUUUUCGACACAACACGUGAAGACAACACGGUGUUCUCCUUUGAGCUGGGAUCAGGCAAUGUGAUCCGGUCUUGGGACAUUGCACUUCGAACCAUGAAGGUAGGAGAAGUUGCUAAAAUCACUUGUAAACCGGAUUAUGCUUAUGGUAGUGCGGGAUCUCCUCCCGACAUCCCGGCAGAUGCAACAUUGAUUUUCGAGGUGGAGUUAGUAGCUUGCAGACCAAGAAAGGGUUCUAGCGUGGGAAGCGUCUCUGAGGAGAGAGCUAGGCUCGAAGAACUGAAGAGACAGAGAGAGUUAGCCUCUGCUGCUAAAGAGGAAGAGAAGAGGAAGAGGGAGGAGGCGAAAGCUGCAGCUGCUGCUCGGAUUCAGGCCAAGCUUGAAGCUAAGAAAGGUCAAGGCAAAGGCAAGGGCAAAGGCAAAUCCAAGUAAAGAUGGUUUUAGAAUAACUAAGCAGAUGAAUUGGAUAAUAAUAUGAUGGCUAUAUAUUUCAAUAGAAGAGGUUAUAAAGUCACUAAAGAUGGUGUUUCCUUGA